AUGAAAUUCGUCAUUGUUUUCGCUGCUCUCUUCGCCGUUGCUCUCGCAGCUCCCGGCAACAUCGAUGGUGAAGCUCAGGUUUUGCGUUUCGACUCCGACGUGCAGCCCAAUGGAUUCAACUACGCCUACGAGACCAGCAACGGUAUUAGCGAACAAGCUCAAGCUAAGCUCUUGAACGAAGGUUCAGAUGCCGAAGCCAUCUCUGUCCAAGGUUCAUACUCUUUCGUCGGUGAUGAUGGUCAAACCUACACCGUCAACUACAUCGCCGAUGAGAACGGUUUCCAACCCCAAGGUGCUCAUUUGCCCGUUGCCCCAGAAGCUUAA